UUUUUGUGAAUUGGACAAAAUAGAAAAUUGAACAUCCGUUGGAGACUGAGAGUGGGCUGGGCUGAGCAGUGAGCUCGGGGCAUGGCAAAUCAUAGAAUCAUCGCAGCCGUCCGGUCAAUACAGAAAUCAACGGUCGGGGAAGGUUUCUCGGGUGUGUUGGGACAAAGAGCAUGCUCGUCGUCGUCAAAGAAGCCCAAAAAAGACGUCAACGACCGUCUCUCCGGUGUGAUAGACGCCGUUAACGACCGUAAACUUCCACCAGAGCUACGGGGCCAACGUAACGCCGUCAGAUCUGAAACUGAUAUAAUCAAUGUUGUUGAGCAACGGAUAUGGCAUUCAAUGGAAGAAGGUCAGUUCGAGAACUUAUCUGGGAAAGGUAAACCACUGGAUCUAAGUUCAAAUCCGCAUGCCGAUCCUGCUGAUGACACCUUGUACAGGAUCUUGUCAAAAAACAAGUGUUUGCCAGAGUGGGUUGAACUAAACAAAGAAAUCACAAGUGGAACUUCAGAGUGGAGAGUGGCCCUAAGGAAUGCAUGGACGUGUAAACAGGAAAAUGAACCUAAAUGGAUUGAGAGAUCUGAGGUUUUAAAGCAACGAUUGCGUGACAUCAAUAAUAAGGUUUUCCGCUACAACCUCAUUGUUCCUUUUGGUCGGCAAAUGAAUGGACUUAAUUGGGAAAAAGAAAUCGCCAACUUGCAUGGGGGAUAACCAGGAAAGCAGAACAUUCCGUUUUGCUCAAGUCAUCUACUCCAUUUUGCCUGAUUGGUGCCCAAGUCCGUUUUCCAAACAGUUUAAUGUAUGUUUAACAUAAUAAGUUUAUUCCUGUAGUAGUAGUAGUAAGAUUUGUAUUAAGGUAGUGUGCUAUGUGCCAAAAAAAGUGGAAGGAUAAUCUUAUGGCAGUUUCCAAAGCUUGAUGGCUGUAACUUAAUAUAUGAAGUGUAUAAUGAAAAGUUUAUAUGUUUUAGCAGAAAAAACACUUUGAUA